AAACUCUGCGUCAACUACCCAGGUCUUCUGUUAAGAACUCCUGUCUGGACAGUUAGGUCUGAAUGUUCGCUGAAGAUCGACAGUCUCUCGCGCCGCUGAUGUUCCGGUCUCUGGUGAGACUGAUGGUGUCGCUGAUUAGGGAACCUGCAGCCUCUGUAACAACCCUGCUGUAUUACAGCAAUCUUCUUCCUCAGAACAUAACAUGGGAGAGACUAGUCCGACGCGAGAUGCUUGAUCAAGAAAAUUACUUAUUCCAUUUUCUUAUAAACUUCUUGAGAUGUUUUUGGUAGAUGGAACAUUGCUGGUGGAUAAAACAUUGCUCCCUCUAUCUGUCUGCAAAAUUGUUGCCUUAUCUCAUAUGACUGGCACUGAAGAGAUUUUCCUUAUUUUACUAUCCCCCUACUUAGAAGUGUUGAACCGGCAGCUAAAUCCAAUUGUUUUUACAUGUAACGUCGCAAUGGAUGGCUCGUUCAGUUCAAAUGCUAAUUGAAUGUGAGCAAUUCUCUUGUAUGGAGAGAAUUGUAAGUUUGAAUGAGCUUGUUCCAUCGAAUCUGAAUGAGAAAUUUUCUGUCUGCAAUUUGGUAUUUGUUUUUUGUUUGCAAUGAUUAAAGGAUCAUCAAUUCA